AUGCCGCUAACGAUCGGAAAAUUCCGGGUUAUCAGGCUUGAUACAAGACAUAGUGCAUCUUACCCACUUGGUGAACCACUUCUCCAAAGUUCUGACACAAUACGCCAUUUGAGACCAGGAUAUGCGUUCUUGAACAACAUCACCUCUCUCGGGGGGUACCGUAUAUUCUCAGAGCAAGGCCAAAGAUGGAUAGAGUCCCAGGUUGGAGAUAAAGUCAAUUUUGACAGAAUAUUUUCUCUCGAACUUGACGGACUAAAACCGCCUAGUUCGCAUACGAAUCCUGAGAGCUCUAUUCUUCGGCACCCUGAGCUUCUCGAUAGAGCAAGUGUGGAAAAGUAUAUCAAGGUCUAUAACUCAUCCUUCCCAAGUCGCGUUUUCCCCGUGAUUAGCCAGUCAAUGUUCGGGAAAACACUGGACCUCGCCUAUAAUCCCCUACAAGUCGCAGGUUCUGCUAGUGCCAAGUCAUGCGUUUAUGCGUUUCUCUCUCAUAUAUCAUUGUUUGGCUUUGACGAUACUACGCAAGGGAGCAGCAUGGAUUGCCAGACCUAUGCCUCAAUGGUGCAGAACUUCACCACGGCAGUAAUCCAGGAGUCAACAGUUGAUGGCCUCCAGUCAUUAAUCAUGCUGCUGCAUCACCAAUACUUUAUAGGUGAUCUACUUUCCGCAGCUGCAACAUUAUCGAUCGCCACGCGUCUUUUGUAUACACUUGGGGCCCAUACAUUGUAUACCGAUGAGCCCUUGAACACUUCCUCAUCCAAAUACAACAAAGGCAACAUAAGAUGCCACCUACGAGAUCUCUUUUGGCUGUGUUACUCUUUCGAUAAAGACAUAUGUCUCAGAACUGGUCAACCGCCCUGUAUAAUUGACGCACAUUGCGAUCUCACUCUGCCUUGUGACUAUGUGAGGCUGCAUUACAUCAAUCUAUGUGACAAUGUGUCACAGGCAGAUGAUGAGAUUCUUCCACUUUUCCCCUGGGACCUCCGUCUCUCAUUGCUAAAAUCAAGAGUAUACGAGAGGUUAUACAGCGCUCAUUCUGCUCGGCAGUCCAAACCAGAAUUCUUAUCAAGCAUCCGCAGCCUUGAUGAAUCACUAGAGAAAUGGAGGCAAUCCCUUCCAGAAGAGCUUCGUCCGACCUUAUACUUUUCCCAGGAAACACCAGUGGCCGCCAACUUGAACACGUCAGCAGUGAUGUUGAGACUUGCGUACUAUCAUUCCGUGGCAGUAAUCCACCAGGCCAGCAGCAAAUUCCAAGAUUGCACAACCGAUAUUCCAAGGAUCGACAACAUCACUUCCAGUACAAGUAUUUCCACUACUGCGAGCCGUUCAACGCUAUCUUUUCUUCAUAAAAUGUUAUAUGUUGUGCACCCCGAAUGCGUUUGGGUGGCCCUCUUUUACGCUAUUACUGCUGUAUUGACUCUUUUCUGCAACAUACUUUCCAACCCCCAUGAUCCAGAUGCCAUUAAUGACAUGAAACUGUUGGAAGAUGUUCCUAUCUUGAUACGCCGCAUUCCAGUACGAAAGCUUACUCUCGGCGACUGGCUUCAAUUGCAAUAUAUGGACGGUGUUAUGACCGAACUUGCGGCAAUUUGUGCUCAAGUCAUAUCGAAAUCGCGAAGAAAUUCACUUGGUACGGGUUUAUAA